UAAUCCUAGAAAAAGAGCAUCGUUACAACGACAGGAAGUGAAAGAAUCGACAUUUUAGUUUUAUAAAAAUGGAUUUAGAAGCAGUGGGUGAUCUUGCUCUUAACGAAGUUCUAUUACUUUUGGGACCCAAAGAGACAGCCUCAGUCGCAUGUGUCAGCAAGCGCCUCAAAGCUUCAACUGCCGAGGAAUCUCUCUGGUCCAAAUUUUGUUCUGAAGAUCUUCAUCUUUCUUCUCCGCUUGAUCCUCAUGGAAAUCCUCUUCCUUCAUUCAAGCUUGCAUAUGCAUCAUGGCGCGAAGCUUUUCGUAUGUAUCCGUGGCCUCUUGUAAAACGAGUUAAAAGAUGUUGGGACAGAAUUGAGAGCUGGUUGGUUACGAACUUUCCUGAAGCUGCUGCUACUCUACAGCAGGGUGCAUCAGAAGAUCAAAUUCGGCAGUUUGAGCAAGUUUUGAAAGUGAAGUUGCCUCUUCCCACAAGACUACUCUACCGCUUCCACAAUGGUCAGGUUUUUCAAGAAAAAGAUGAGCUAACAAGUUUUUGCGGUAAUACGUUGGGCCUUAUUGGUGGCUACUCUUUUUAUCAUCAUGUGGUGAAUGUAUGCUUGUUACCGUUGGAUCAAGUGCUCUUGGAAACUAAACAGAUCAUACGCCAUCUAGGGAUCACUGCUGGUUAUGGCAAGACUAAAUAUAUUGCUGUCGCUGCAUCAUCUGCGUAUAGUGAAAAGCUGUUUUUCCUCAAUUGUACAAGUGGUCAGUUGUAUGUUGGUACCAGGAACCUUCCAACAGAUGGAGAGAUGAUGCAAUGUGUGCCAAAUGCAUUGAUAAGGUCGGUGCAUGAUUCUAGAAAUGAAGAGCAGCAGGAUGCAAUGCUGCUAUGGUUAGAAGAACAUGGUCGUCGCUUACAAGACGGUAUUAUCAAAAUGCGGGGAGAAGGGGAUAUGAGAACAAUCUGUCAAUUUCCAGAAACGUCUCCUCUAUGUUCCACUGCUGUCACCUAUGGUGUAAAGGUUCGUGCUUCUGCUGUUUUUGUGCCUGAGGCCUCAGACCUGGGAGGUGGUCCCGAGAAAUACUAUUUUGCAUAUUCAAUUCGCAUUUCCCUCCAACCAGAUGGAUGCAUUAUAAAUGGAAUGUAUUUCAGCUCUUGCCAACUGCAGAAAAGGCAUUGGAUUAUCCGUGCUAAUGACAUUGUUGAAUCUGAUGUGGCGGGAGAGGGUGUAAUAGGCAAGUAUCCACUGUUGCGUCCAGGUGAGGAAGAAUUUGUAUACGAGAGCUGCACACCUCUACCAAGUGCUCCAGGUUCAGUUGAAGGUUCUUUCACAUUUUUCCCUGACAGCUUGGCACAUUCAAAUGGAGCUCCAUUUGAAGUUGAAGUAGCUCGGUUUCCUCUCCAACUUCCAGACUACAUUUUCUGAUCAGUCAUCUCUUAGAAUAAAUAUCCUAGUUACUGCCACUGUAAUUAUUUACAUCCUCUAGUUCUGUUCAAAUGUGAUAAAGCUGUGAAGAAUUUGAAGGUUUUCUGCGUUUAUAUCAAUAAGAACAGCUUCGGCUUUGUCGUGCA